AUGAACAAGGAUCUUAAUCAUUGCCCUACCACUUGCACCCCCAUAAACAGCCCAGAAAAUAAACCACCGGAAAUCAUUAUCAAUGAAUAUGCACAAAUACAGCUGCAAGAUAUUGUCCAAAAAAUGCGAGAAAGAACAGCUACUUAUAAGGAAAAGGUGACUAAUCCAGUAAUCUCUUCACCAGAAGUCAGUCCAACUGCAUCACCUGAAAAGAAGCCACCACCCCCUGCUGCCAAAGAAGAAAAGAAAGAGGAAAAGAAAGAAGAAAGCAAACCUGAGGAGAAGCCAAGUUCUAUAGUCAAGAAACAAUCCAUGAAAGAAUAUAUGAAAAAAUUGAAACUGCCAGAGACCAUAGAUGCAUUCACAGAUCGUCGCUAUUUAAUGUGGUUAUUCUUAGUUACUGCUGCUUAUAACUGGAACUGCUGGUUCAUCCCACUGCGAUUAGUAUUCCCAGUUCAAACAUCCAGCAACAUAAUAUACUGGAUUGCCGUAGACAUCUUAAGUGACAUCUGCUACAUCUGUGAUCUCCUCUUAUUUCAACCUCGAGUACAAUUUGUGCGAGGGGGAGAUAUAAUAGUAAGUAAAAAAAAAAAGGAAAGAAAAAAUGAGAACUUUGACCUUGAUGUAUUUUCAGUAAUUCCAUUUGAUGUUUUAUACGUUAUAUUUGGAAUCAGUGCAAUAUUUAGAGUAAACAGGAUAAUGAAGCAUCUCACAUUCUUUGAAUUCAAUGACAAGUUAGAGGCAGUAAUGGAUAAAGCAUACAUCUACAGGGUCAUUCGAACUAUUGGAUACUUGUUGUUUGUCUUGCAUAUUAAUGCAUGCAUAUAUUACUGGGCAUCAACCUAUCAAGGACUUGGUAGUACCAAAUGGGUGUAUGAUGGCGAAGGAAACAUGUAUCUAAGAUGUUACUACUGGGCUGUUCGCACUUUGAUUACUAUUGGUGGACUACCAGAACCAGUCACUUUGUUUGAAAUAUGCUUUCAACUUACGAAUUUUUUCUCAGGUGUCUUUGUAUUCUCCAGUUUGAUUGGCCAGAUGCGUGAUAUUAUUGGAGCAGCAACAGCAGGGGAAAACUAUUAUCGUGCCUGUAUGGAUGACACAGUUGCUUACAUGAAUACUUAUACAAUUCCAUGGCUUGUUCAGAAUCGUGUUCGGACAUGGUAUGAGUAUACGUGGGAUUCACAAGGAAUGCUAGGUAAAAUUCAAAAUGGAGAAAUUGGUAGAGAAAUGUAUAUCAUUAAACAUGGUGGAGUUCAAGUACUUGGAGGUCCUGAUGGCACUAAAGUCCUAGUCACCUUGAAAGCCGGAGCUGUGUUUGGAGAAAUCAGCCUAUUAGCAGCCAGUGGAGGAAAUCGGCGAACUGCAAAUGUGAUUGCUCAUGGAUUUGCCAAUCUUUUUAUUCUUGAUAAGAAGACACUGAAUGAAAUCCUUGUGCACUAUCCUGAAUCUGAAAGGCACUUGAGAAAGAAGGGAAAAGCACUUUUGAAGAAAGCAGGAAAACCUACUGGACCACCAGCACCAUCUGUAAAGGGUCUAGCUCUCCUUAUGGCUAAAGCGGAAGCACCUAUGAUGCUCAAAGCAUUAACUGGUGGGAAAGGAGGCAUUUUAGCCGCAAUUAGCAGGGUGAAGAAAGAGAACGAGGCCCUGGUAUAUGAAUCAGAAUUACUGGAGCAGAUGCCUGGAAAAAUGCAGCUAGACAUUGCAACUGAUGUCAAUUUUGCUAUUGUCCGGAAAGUCGAUUUGUUCAAAGUCAGUAGAACUUUGUGUAGUGCAACAAUUAACAUUAGCAAAAAAAAUGUAUAG